CUCAUGACGACGGCGCGGAUGGGAUUCCUUGGCGGCUCGUGGCGGCUGUUAGCCGGCGCCCUCUCACGGCACCGGCGGUCACGGACGGACGUGUCGGCAGCGACGUGUCCCUUGCUCGUGUUGGCUGCGUGCGUGCUGGCCGUGCGACAGGCGACGUGCCAGCCGACGCGCUCCAUGGGACCCAAGCUGGUCGACCUGUCAUACGUGUUCGACAAGAACACCGUCUACCCGUCCCCGUCGGCGAACUUCUCGAUGGACGUCCACUACCGAAAGACCAAGCACGGAGUCCGGUACCAGGAGGAAAACAUCUGCUCUUCGACGCAAGGCGGCACGCACGUGAUCGUGCCUCGGCACCUGCUCAAGGGCCGCUGGUCCGUGACAGAUCUUCCGCUCAACAGGCUGGUGGUGCCCGGCGCGGUCAUCGACGUCAGCAUCCAGGUUCUGCGUAGCCGCGAUUACCGGCUGCGCAUCACCGACGUCAUGCGCUGGGAGGACAUCCAUGGACGGUUACCUCAGGGAUGCGUUCUCUUCGUGCGCACCGGCUGGUCUCGCUAUUGGCCCUCCUGGUACAAGUACCACGGACACCCAGCGGCGGGUGCAAACGGUACCUUCUCGUACCUGCCGUUCGACUCGAGGCCUCACCACCCGGGCAUACACCCGGACACGGCAACCUGGCUCGUGUCCAAGCGGAAAGUGUACGGCGUUGGCAUCGACGCUCCGUCUCUGGAUUACGGCAUCUCCAAGGAUCUCGGAGCCCAGCAUAUCCUGCUCGCGGCAAACAUCUACGGACUCGUGAACGUGGCCAACCUCCAGGAACUGCCGUCCGUCGGCUCGACGCUGUUCGUCUUUCCCAUGAAGAUACGAGGAGCCGGAGCCGCUCCCGUGCGAAUAUUAGCUGUGGUACCUUGAUACAUGAAAGCGGGUGUUUUUUGGACACUUACUCCAAUCAGUUGCAGCGCUGAAGCAGCGCCUGAUGCCAAGACGAACUGGUAUACUUGCGAGGAAGACCAACCACGUUUUCUUGCGUUUCCCAGAAUCGAUAUGGUCACGUUAGCGCAAGAUGGGAAGCUAAAUUUCCAUUCACAGCAUUCAGUGGAACAUUUUUAUUGAGGUAACUAGAUGUCCGCAUUUUCGGUAAGUACGGCACUAUACACAUGACAUAAUUGGCCGCAGCUUCAGUCUUGUGGACUGCAACUAUUGACUUGGUCACGGCACUGUUCGGUGUGAAUCAAGCCACUCAGUGCUGGCUUGCAGAUUACAGUGAGACAUUGUGAGCCACCCAAAGUUCAAUAGUUAUACAAAUGCUUGUGAAAUUUAGAGAUGAUCAGAUUAGCAGCUGAGCCCUUCCUCGCAAAUGACUUUUUUGUUGUAUUUGUGUCGCUUACAUAUCUUUUUCUUGUAAUUUUGCUCUAAAACAUGAUAAAUUUUCAGCAACACAGAACGUACAGUGUUUUAUAAAAAGAAGCCUACUAGACGAAGGUCGUUUGUUCACGCCUAUCUAAAACGAAGUUAACACCGAAUAAACAAUUUAUCAGUCUUAUAGUUCACAGUCCGAAAUACUUAGGGGCUACAGCAUCAUAAUCUAAAACAGGCAGCUUUGUUUCACAUUUUGGCGCUAUGCUUUUCAAUACUCAUUCGUCCUCAUUAGUUUUUUUUUUUUUUGCUGUUAGAAUUAGCUUGUAGUGGUUCUGUAAUCGAAGAGUUUCGUUUCUGGAUAUUUUCCAGUGCCUGCAGCCAUCGCUGUUUACAUUGAGUUUCGCCAUACAUCGCUUGUACUACUCUACACCAUGCAUUUUCCGGGAAAGUUUGGUCACCAAUUUUCGGUAUGGAGGCUUGAUGUUCGUGUGACUUGACACCUUGAAAUUAUGGUCAUGUACUGUCCGCGAUUCUAGCACUGCAUGCCUUCACGCAACUUUCAAUUGAGAAGAUAGCACUGAAACCUCGUGCUUCGAAUAAGAACCAUUUUGAACUCAUUAUGAUUUUUUUUUUGUCACAACUCAUUUUAUUUCGCUAUUUAUUUCGCUCAAGACCAACAAGCAGUUCAGUUAGGGCGACCAUUUCACAGUAAAUUGGUCACCCCACAUUACAGUGUAAACCUCACCACAAAGUGACGCUGGUGUGAACAUUUCCGCCCCAAAAAAACGCAUACACAUUUACAUAAUUUUAAAAAGACAAUUCGAGGUUUACAGUCGUGCUUUCAGUUUCCCUCUCAGAAAUGUCUCGAGUGUUAUUACCGUUGAAGUACAUCGGUUUUAGUGGUCAUGCUGAAAAUUAUGCAGCAAUUUUCACAUUGCGAAUAUUGUUGUAAUUUUACAACUCACAAAAAAUUGUGUUAAAACAACUUCUUGUAGGCCAAGAUGUCACACGAUGUUAAGAUGACUUGGCAUAGCGAGAUUAUACGACAAACGCGCAAGACAUGCACACACACACAAAAAAAGAAUUAUUGUGUGCGAUGUUGCUGGGUAAUGUAACUACGUGUCUGCUUGCACGAUUCAUGCAACAUCAGCCUAGUUGAGAAGCGUAAUCAGUUCAACUGUUCUGCGCUUCGGUUGUUUGUAAAUAAAAACCAACAAAUUUCAGCACUUCUA